GCCGCUGCGCCAUGUUAUCGGGGAAGCAACUCAAAUCACCGCCAUAGCCUUUUGGCUGCGAGAAGAUAAGAUUCAAGGCGCUUCAAACGAGAUCAGCACUAAAUCAAAACACAGCAUUUUUGUUCGUAAGCUUUAAAUUGAUAGCGUUAUCGGCCGGCGACGUAGCUGACCGAAACGUUUUUUGAUUUGUCUCCAUUGGUUUGAAGGCCGAAGCGGCUGCCAUGGAUUUUUAAGGCGUAAUGCGGCACCUCUAAUGCAAAGGCAAUGCAUAGUGCAAGGCAAAAUCAAGUGCGAAAUUCCAUCGUCGCAACUGCCAAGCAGUUGGGCUCAAAUACCGUCCGCGGUAUACCUGUGAGCCAACCGGUACCAUUGCUCCUGGACCGGAGGAAGCUAACGCUAGCUAGCUAGGCAUCAGUUGAAAGAUUAAUAACAUCGUUACAUCGUCAACACUACUCAAAUAUGAAACCUCAAGAUAUCACCACCGGGAAGCCCAGCAGCCUGUGGAUCUUCGGGUACGGGUCACUGGUGUGGAAGCCUGACUUCAAGUACAGGAGGAGCCAGGUCGGCUACAUUCAAGGUUACAAGAGACGGUUCUGGCAUGGAGACAACUUCCACCGCGGGAAUGACGAGUUGCCCGGAAGAGUGGUGACGCUGAUUGAAGAUGAUGACGAAAGCACCUGGGGCGUGGCAUUCGAGGUGACAGGCUCUCAAGUUGAGGAGUCCCUGAAGUACCUGACCGUGCGAGAAGGGGUCCGCGGAGGCUAUGUCACCAAGAUGGUUGAGUUUUUCCCCGAGGGGGAGAACCAGCCUUCAGUUCAGGCGCUGGUGUACAUCGCCACCGCAGACAACAAGCUCUACCUGGGGCCGGCCAGCUCAGAGAUGAUCGGCAUCCAGAUUGCAGUCUGCAGAGGCAAGUCGGGCCACAACCUGGAGUACCUGUUCCGCCUGGCUGAGUUCAUGAGGAGCAGCUGCCCACACGUGGAAGACCAUCACCUGUACUCCAUUGAGGCCGCGGCACUGACCGUGGUGUCCUAUGUCUUGGCAGCACAGUAGCUCGUACCCUUUGUCUCACUAGCUUUUUAAGUGGCUGAAUACACUACUGUGUGUGUUUGUGUGUACACACAUACACACACACACACACACACACACACCCCACUGAGGCUUUUCACAUGUCUUGCCAGUCCAACUUUUUUUUUUUAUGUUGUGAAAUCUAGCUUCACACGACCAUCUGCAGUAUUUGAAUGCUACUGAAGUGAUAAUAAAAAUGGAUCAUGACAUUACAAUUUUUUUUUACUGAAGCAUGACCUCAUGUUUGCAAUGUAAUGCUACAUCUUUAUGAUGAAUUGUUGUGACUGUAAACAUUUUUGUUUUAAUUUGCACUGUUCAGAUUCCAUCCAAGCCAUACAGACGGUACAACAUCAAUUGUGAUGGCGAAACCCUGUUUGAAAUUCACCCUGCUGUCUGCUGUGAUGUGUUUUUCAAAAGCUCAUUGUGCCAACUUGUAUUCAGUUGCAAACCUCAAUUAAAAAAAGUAAAAUAAC